AUGACAGAUCUUGAACAAUAUGAGCAGCUUUUUGAUGAGAACCCAAUAGAGGGUUCUUCACCCUUACGCCUAAUUAUUGAAAGCAAUGAUGUGGCAGCUCUACACUCCUACAUAAAGAAAUAUCCAGACCGAGUCUUUAUUCCGACAGAGAUGAUUGUCGAUAGCCCUUUUUGCAAUGCUACAGCAGAUGAGACAUUAGAUGUUCUUCGUGUGCUUCUCGAUCUAGUUGAUACCAAUGGGGAGCAAAUUCGGCCUGUCAGGCCCGAUGAUUAUUCAUUGCUGGACAUUGCCUGUGGAGCCGCCCAACUUAAUACAGUGAAGUUUUUGUUAGACAGAAGCCCCCCCUUAGGCGCAAGAUAUGUCUCUGAUUCUCACGGUGGCCAUGCACUCCUAUCUGCGGCGUCCUCUUUACGAUGCGAUCUUUCCUAUAAAGCAGACCUAGGCCCUGAUGGUCAAAAGAUCUGGCUCCGAGACGAAACUGCACGGAGCGAGGAAAUAAUAUACAUGCUCCUUGACAGGGGUGCCAGUAUACUAGACGCUGUUCGUCCAUACAGGUUUCCUCAUGUUGAGCAAGAUGAGAAACCUACGGAUUAUAUAGAAACCGCCCUCGGACAAGCCGUUUCACGCGCCAGUUAUCAGUUGGUAUCACGUCUGAUUACUGAAGGGGCAGAUGUUCACGCCCGACAGUACAGUUGGAGUAGUGAUCCUAUAAGCGAUGUCGGAGAAGUGACUGCAUUGCAUAUUGCCUGCGGUUAUUGGAAUGUACAGGGAAUCAAGGCACUACUGGACAAUUGCGGCGAGGUAAGUCCUACAGAUAUGGUAUCUAUGCGUGAUGCUGGUGGACGUAUUCCGUUGCACUGGGCAGCCCAGAACAUCUGCUUUGACGAUUAUUAUCUCCCUGAUGAUGAGAUUGGCUCUCAGAUAUGUGAUACUCUUGAGUUGCUUAUACAAACUAAUCCGAAAACAAUCAACGCCCAAGGUAAAGAUGGUGCAACUCCUCUGUUCUCUGCGAUAGAAGGUCAUGCGGAUUGUGGCGGAACUAAACAUUUCGAGAGAAUGGUCCAACUUUUAUGCGAAAAAGGAGCGGAUGCAAGUAUACGAGAUAUCACUGGACAAAAUGUCCUACAUAUCUUAGCUGUUAGGACUAUAGGGUGCCAACCUGUCAAUCCAUCUAUACUGGACCUAUUAGUGGCACAUGGAGCCAAGGUGAAUGACGCUGAUUUGGAAGGUAAUACUCCUCUACACCAUAUGGCUAGGAGUUUGCGACAAAUGAAUUUAAUGAGGCGUUUGAUUCAUCACGGUGCGAAUGUUAAUGUUACCAAUAAUAAGGGAGAAACACCACUCCACAGAGCAAUGGCAGCCCUUCCUCUAGCUCGGCAGAACAGGGACGGAACACCAGAUGCAUUUACACCUGAGAGGAGAACGAAAGCGCAUGAUGAGGUACUCGAAAUCUUGCAAGGAGCAGGAUGUAGAAUGGAUGAGCCAAAUAUAGAGGGCAAGACACCAUAUCAGCUUCUUGAAGAGACCAGGGCAUCAUGGCGCAAGAGAGAUGACAUGGAGGAACGAAGAAAAUAA